AUGAGGGAUUACGAUUCGCCUUCAAGGGGCGUCACACCACCUACGAAUAACGGUUCUUUACCUCCGAGUGACACUUCAUCACCUCAAAGUGAUUUUGUUUCACCUCCAAACGACACGCCACCAUCUCCGAGUGACACGGAUGGAAGGCAAGGCGACAAGCUAUCGCCUUUAAAUGACAGCAAACCAUUACCAAGUGACGAGGCUCUAUCGCCCAGUAGUGACGUUCCACCACCAAGUAACGAAGUUCCACCUCCAAGUGACGAGGUACCACCUCCAGGUGAUGGUAUUCCGUCUACAAGUAAUAAACCACCACUAAUAAGUGACCAGGUUCCAUCGCCUAAUGAUGAGGUUCAACCUCAAGGUGACGAGACUCCAUCGCCAAGUGACGAGACUCCAUCGCCUAAUUACGAGACCCCAUCGCCAAGUGACGAGACUCCAUCGCCUCAUGACGAGACUCCAUCGCCAAGUGACGAGACUCCAUCGCCUAAUGACGAGACUUCAUCGCCUAAUGACGAGACUCCAUCGCCUAAUGACGAGACUCCAUCGCCUAAUGACGAGACUCCAUCGCCUAAUGACGAGACUCCAUCGCCUAAUGACGAGACUCCAUCGCCUAAUGACGAGUCUCCAUUGCCUAAUGACAAAGAUCCACCUCUAAGUGACGAGGUUCCACCUCUAAGUGACGAAGCUCCAUCGCCUAGCGUGGAUACUCCAUUUACAAGUGAACCACAACCAAGUGACGAGCCUUCAUCUCCCAAUGACGGGUCUCCAUCGCCUGAUGACGAGGUUCCAUCACCGAGUGAUGAGGCUCAAACUCCAAAUGACGAGGUUCCAACGAGAAGUGAUAACCCACUACAAAAUGACAAGGCUCCACCUCCUAGUGAUAAACCAAUGGCAAGUGACGAGGCUCCAUAUCCUAGUAAUAAACCGCCACAAAAUGACAAGACUCCGCCUCCUAGUAAUGAACAACCACCAAGUGACGAGGGUCCAUCGCCUAAUAACGAGGUGCGACUUCCAAGUGACGAGCUUCCACUUGGCGAAGUUCCACCUCCAAGUGCCGAGGUACCGCCUCCAAAUGACGAGGUUCCACAUCCAAGUGACGAGGUUCCACCUCCAAGUGACGAGGUACCUCCUCCAAAUGACGAGGUUCCACCUCCAAGUGACGAGGUUCCACCUCCAAAUGACGAGGUUCCGCCUCCAAGUGCCAAGGUUCCACAUCCAAGUGACGAGGUUCCACCUACAAGUGACGAGAUUCCACCUCCAGGUGACGAAGUUCCGCCUCCAAAUGCCGAGGUUCCACCUCCAAGUGACGAGGGUCCACCUCCAAGUGACCAGGUACCGACCUCCAAAUGCCGAGGUACACCUCCAAGUGACGAGGUUCCACCUCCAAUUGACGAGGUUCCGCCCCCAUGUGACGAGGUUGCACCUCCAAGUGACGAGGUUCCACCUCCAAAUGACGAGGUUCCACCUCCAAAUGAUGAAGUUCCGCUUCCAAGUGACCAGGCUCCACCUCCAAGUGACGAGGUUCCACCUCCAAGUGCCGAGGUUCCACCUCCAAAUGACGAGGUUCCACCUCCAAGUGACGAAGUUCCACCUCCAAGUGACGAGGUUCCUCCACCAAGCAGCACAGUGCCAUCACCAACAGACCUGGUACCAUCGCCAAACGACAACGCACCACCCGCAAACCCUGACUCCAGUCCAGCUACGAGUGAACCAGAGACUCCGGCCGGCCAGCCGCCCAAUCAANCCAGUCCAGUUCUUUCGACAUGGACUUUGAGUUCGAGUUUGCCCCAGAUGGAACCAUCAACGUUACUCCAAUCUUAA